AUGGCCACAUGCAUCUGUAAACUUGCACUUGCAGUGGUGGCGUUGAUUUUGCUCCUAAAUUCUGUUGAACCAGCGUCAGGCGUUGGGAUUAACUACGGCACUCUGGGAAACAACCUUCCAUCACCAAAGAAAGUGGCUCAGCUACUUCAAUCAACACUCAUCGAUAAAGUUAAAAUCUAUGACUCAAACCCUCAAAUCCUCCAAGCAUUCUCCAACAUCGCCAUCGACCUCAUCGUCUCCGUCCAAAACUCCCUCGUCGCCAACCUCAGCACCGACCCCUCCGCCGCCCACCAAUGGCUCUCCACCCGCAUCCUCCCCUUCAUCCCCGCCACCUCCAUCGUCGCCAUCGCCGUCGGCAACGAAUACCUAACAACCACCGUCGACGACGACCACGACCGUCUCGACCCCAACGCCCUCUUCCAGGCCAUGCAAAACCUCCACGGCGCUCUGGUUACCCACUCCCUCGACCGCAAAAUCAAAGUGACAACCCCUCACAGCAUGGCCAUUCUCGCUUCCUCUUUCCCUCCUUCUUCCUCCACCUUCGCCAUGAAUCUCAUUCCCGUCAUGACCGACAUAGUUUCCUUCUUAGCCGACACUGCUUCCCCUUUCAUGAUCAACGCCUACCCUUACUUCGCCUAUAGAGACAACCCUAACUCCGUCAAACUCGACUACGCUCUGUUAGGUAACGCCACAGGGAUCCGCGACCCCAAUGGUUACGUCUAUAACAACAUGCUAGACGCCCAAAUUGACGCCGUUAGAUCUGCUAUUAUAGCACUUGGAUAUGGAAACCGAAGCAUUGACAUAACGGUUUCAGAGUCAGGGUGGCCUUCGAAGGGAAACCCUAGCGACAGUGCUGCUACGCCUGAAAAUGCGAGAAUAUACAACACGAGAUUGAUUGAACGCGCGCAGUCGAAUAGAGGCACUCCAAUGAAGCCUAAGGAUAGAAUAGAGAUAUUUGUGUUUGCUCUGUUCAACGAGAACAAGAAGGAAGGGGAGGAGAGUGAGAGGAACUUUGGGAUAUUCAACGCCGAUGGAUCAAAGGUGUAUGAGGUGGAUUUGAGGUGCGAGUUUUGCAGCGGUGAAGCCACGUUUGGGUUGGGAGAGAGAGGUUGGGGUGGCGCGGUUCGGGGUCCCUCCGUUUGGUGUGUGGCGAAGGCUCACGCUGAGGACAACGUGCUUCAGAGUGUGUUGGACUUUUGUUGUGGGCCUGGUGGAGUGGACUGCAGAGAGAUUUAUGAAGGAGGGGGUUGUUUUCGGCCCAAUAAGCUCCUUGCCCAUGCCUCUUAUGCCAUGAAUGCUUACUAUCAGAUGCAUGGUAGGAACUACUGGAACUGCGACUUCAAAGCCACUGGCCUUGUUACUUUUAGCGAUCCCAGCUAUGGAGCGUGCCGGUAUCCUCAACAGUAACUCCAUGAAGAAUCACGGAGGGCUCUGCUAGGGCAGUGUGCUCAUUGUGGCUGACAGCUCGAUCUUGGUAUUCUUUUUAUUUACUGAACUUGUAUUGUUUCUAUUGC